AUGUUGAUCCAUGAGAGCGAUGGUCACAGUGGUGGUCUAUUGCUCAUGUGGAAGAAGGAGUGUAAGAUUAAAGUCCAUGACAUUACAGCAAAUUUCAUUGAUGUUGCUGUGGAGGACGUCGUGGAGUGGAGGUUAACUGGUUUUUAUGGGGAGCCGAAGUGGGAGGACAAAUACAAAUCGUGGGAUUACUUGCGUGAUCUCCAUGGCAGGAGGGAUUCUGCUUGGCUGGUCUUGGGUGAUUUCAAUGAGAUUCUUUUCUCGUGGGAGAAGGAUGGCGAAGUGCCCAGAGCGUUGAGAAUUCGUGAGAGGUUGGAUAGAGCUGUUGCUAACGAGGCUUGGAAUGAGCUUUUCCCUUUUGCUAAAGUGGUAAAUGAGGGGAUGACAAAGAGUGACCACCAUCCGGUUACCAUCGACACUGAGUAUCUUGCCGGAGUCCACUUGUCUGGCGGCCCGGCCGUUCGCCGGUUUGAGGCAAGGUGGCUGGAGGAAGAAACUGAGAUCCUGCUUAAAAUUGAAGUUUUGUUGGAGCAAGAAGAGAUCCAUUGGAUCCAAAGAGGGCGGGCAAAUUGGAUCCGGCAUGGAGACAGUAACACAAAGUUUUUCCAUAAUUUUGCCACUGCUCCUAAGAAGAAGAAUACUAUUAAGAAUCUUACUGAUGAAGCGGGGGUGAAGUGGGAAGACCCGGAUGGCAUGAGCAACCUGAUUAAAUCUUAUUUUUCUGGUUUGUUCCACUCGGAGGUUGAUGAGCCAGAUGAUGAUGUUUUUCAAAAGGUGAAAAGGAAGUUGGGACUUAAUAACUUCAUCAUCCAGUCGGACAACUUACAGGUGGUGGAGACGAUGCUUGAUGACGGGUUCUCCGCAACAGCUGCUUCUGCUAUUUUCCUUGAUAGUAGAAUCCUCUUCUCAGAUUCUUUUGUGUUUGGGACGAUGAUCCCCUAG